AUUUCCCCGGCACCGUAGGUCAGCGGAGGCAGUGAUCCCGGUCCUAGGUCUCUCUACCCCGAACCCUUAAGACUAAAUACUGUCUCUGUCCCGACCGGGAGGAUCAUCUCCAAAAUUUCUCUCCCUGUGAUAACAAUGACAUCUGGCUGAUACCUAACAGCGGCGACGGUGCAAAGCCUAAAGGGCUUCCCUGCCAUCGACGCUGAUUAACCACCCGAACUCGUCAGUGCAACACCAUGGCAUCAACCGCAAUACCGGCAUAUUUCGAGCUGAGCUGGGCCAUCCUCAGCACCAUCGGGCUCAACAACGUCCUUGUCGGCCUCAUGGUCGCCGGCAUCACGGGCGGGUUCUCGGUCGUCGUCCUCGUGCCGCUUGUCGUCUCCGCCGCGUGUGCGCUGGCCAACGGCUUGUGUUACUACGCCUUUUACGCUGCCUACCCCGCCGUCAACACGACUGUCGCUUCCGCGUUCGCGGAUCUGGCUUGGCUGAUUCAAGAAGCUGGACUCUCCUUCUACAGCUACGCGAUCCUGGCCCGUGUCCUCCGCGGCGUUGAGCGCACCAUGUUCAUGUCGCUCUUCUGGGCGGUGGUUCUCGUCAUCACGGCCGUCCGCCUCGGCAUCAUGGUGGUCCGCGUGCGCUUCAUCCUCGACGACAACCACUCCCCAUCCCUGCAGCGGACCGUCGACCACCUGCACGUGGGAUACUUCAUGGCCAUCGCGGUGGUCGAAUGUGCGAGUGCCGUUUUCCUGCUGAGGACAUUCCGCACGGCACGCCGCACGUCCGUCACGACCACGCUGGGGCGCGGCGAGCUGUUCCGCUACCUCAUGCGCAGCACGGAGAUCCGCCUCGCCACGCUGGCCCUCAUUGGCGUCAUGCGCGCUGUGACGUACUCGUUCCAGAACACGGCGCAGAGCGCAGAGGGGGUGGCGGGCCAGCUGGAUCGGUUUGCGUACACGCUGGAGUGUCUGUUUCUCAUCGUAAUGUUGUAAGUUUUAUUCCCCCCCUCCGGGCCCUUUUUUUUUCUUUUUUCUUUGGAAACACCAACACCAAGAAUUACCACCCUAUUGACCCCCCAAUCAAACAGCAUAGACAUCCUCGCCUCGCGCCUCGUCUUCGCCCAUGAAGCAGCACGGGAAGCCACAACAUUGUCGGCGGCACGGGAUCGCAAAGUCGCGGCGCUGCGGCGGUACACCACUCG